UCGCGCAAAAGAUAAAAAAUUAUAUAUAAUAUAUAAUAAAAGAAUUAAAUAAUAUAUAAAUUAAUUAUUUAAUUGCGGUCGCGGAAGCGAUGUAAGUUCACACAUAAAUAUAUAAAGAAAAAAGAAUAUACGCGUAUCCUAUUAAGAUAGAAGUCGUUUAGAUUUAACAAGAAGCUAGAAACAAAUAAUGGCAACAAAUACAAAACGACUUACAAAGAAGGGUGAUUCAUCUUUAACUUAAACCCUUUCACUAUCCUUAAAAGCCUGUUGUAUAUGUUACUCUAUUUAUGCUAUAAAGUAUCGAAGAAAAGAAAAAAAGAAGAAAAGAUAAAGCGACUUUGAAAGUCGUUCAACCAUCCUGCACAUCAAUAAUCGAAUACCGAUCUCGAAUCGCUAGUUAAAGUAGAAAAUAUUCCAGUUCUAUGUAUACUCACGCAUACAGUUUUUGAUUCAAGCUGUAUUCGUGCAGUGUAGUCAACGAAGUAGAAAGAGAAAGAAUGAGAACGGUAUGAGGGACAUGCGCAGGAUACAUAAUAACAUUACUUACUCGAGAAGUAGAGGGGAGAGUGAAACGAUGAGAAGUAAACGAGAAAUCUCCCAGUCUAGUUUAAAACAUUUGGAAGGAGUGUUCGUGAAUUUUUCGUGAAGAAGUGCUUACGUAUAUUAUCAAUUAUUUUUUAGAAAAAUUAAAAAAUACUAGAAUACGCAAACAUUGCAAAUCAGUUUAAUGUGCAAUUAAAUACUGUUUUUAACAAGCAAGCAUGCUUGUAAAGUAACUGAUAAAUCGCAAGAUUACGUCUCGCUUUUUUCUCUUUUUCAAGAUUUCUCGAGAAAUCAGUUUUAAAAAAAUAAAAAAUAAAUGCGCGAUAUAACAAUCAUGAACGUCAACAUAUUUCUUCCUUUAUAAAAUAAAAAGAAAAAGAAAACUACAUGACAAAGACGCAAAGAAUGCUACAUUCUCAUAUUUCUUGUCGCGUUUUAUAAGCGCUUAUAAGUCGCGUGGAUCACGAGUAAAGCCUUUGUCUCUUUAGUAGAGUGACAAUACUUGUAUAAUAUAUUACCUAUUGUUUUAAAUUGAACUUUGUAAAAAAGAACUAAAAUCCUUGUUACUUGAAAUGUAUGUUACUUAUGAUUAUUUUACUAUAAAGUACUACUAUUAAAGUAUCGCUUACGAAUUCGUACAUACUCUAGACAAAAAAAAAGCAAUUGUAAUUAUAUAAUUUGCACCUUUCUUAAAAAUGAAUCUUACAAUUUGAAUAAAUGUAAGAUAUCUUCGUUGAUUGUGAGACAUGUUACUAAAUAUUUUGACAUAAUAAUAUCAGUUUAUUACAAUAUUUAUUUUUUGAUGGCGAUUGGAUUUGAACGUCCUAGCAACCUAAUAAUAGUUAAUUAUAUUAUAUAGUAUACUCGAAAGAUUUAUCACGUGUCUCUAUAAGGAUUCUUUCUUUAUCCUUUGUACCGUUUAACUUGAGAAUUAAGAACGCUUUUCAAAUUUUUUAUUGUGUAUAAUUCCGUAAUUACAUGACUUUGCUUUAAUUCUACAAUAAAGGAAGUAAGCGUCACGGAAAGAAAUUUGAAUAUCGAUCGCCAAUGUAUGAGUAUAACUAUCGCGUAGUAACCUUUAUUUUUCAUCUGAUGUUGUAAUGCUAAUAACGCUAUCUGAACCUUGGAAGUUUUCCGCGUUUUCGAGAUCUCUAAUUUAAAAUUUUUAUGUAAGAUUUUAGUCACUAUUGUUGAAAGAUCGUUGUAAAUUGUAGCCUGUUGUAAAACCAAAGAAGCUACGAGAAAGUCGGAAAAAUGAUACUGUUAAAGUCAUUGAUGUGUCUGCUUUUUUUGCUUGGAACGUGGACAAUUAAAAGUGACAGUAAAAAUGAUAUUUCUUUGAUCGACGAGUUAAGACAUGAAUUGCUUGAGCUUGAAGUAACAUUGAAAAAGGAAUUGGAUAAUCCCAAAUGGACUCUAGCUAAAGAUUCUGAUAUAUAUUUAUAUAUUAUAAAAUUUUAUAAAAACUUCUGUAACUACAUCGAACAAUUAUUUCCAAAUAAUCAUCAGAUUCAUUUAAAUUCUUUAAAUUCAUUAUGGAUUUGGGCAAGAACACAACAAGAAACAAAAGGCAUAGAUGAAUUGUACAUGAUAUUUAGAGAAAUGCAACAUGAAGUUGUAGAUCAAAACAUACCAGUUAAUAUAAAACGUCUAACAAAUUUUGCAAAAACUAUUUUAAAUGAACCUAGUGCAUCAAUACCUAAAGCACUACAGCGUAUAGCUGACUAUAUUGUGAACCAAAAAUUAUUCAUUUCAGCUUAUCAGGAAACUUCAUCUCAAAUCUGUAGUGAACAACAAUCUCCACAACAAUUAUUAUUCAAUUUGUACAAUGCAAUUGCACUUACAGAGAUUAAAGGAUAUACAAUGAUGCAAUUUUCUUAUAUGUUGUUGCGAUUAUAUAUCAAUGGUUCAAAUUUUAAUGAAGAAUUGGAAUUACUAAAGCAACAAUAUGCUGAAAGAACAUCGGAAACAUUAAGGGCAGUAAAAACUGCAAUGGCUUUUGCUCCUCAGGAAUUUUGGAGAUGUGAUCCAACCAAACAUGAGUCAGACAAGACAUAUAUGGAGUUAAAACAAUUAUUUCAAGGAUAUAUUAUUAAUGAAGUUGAUAUGAAUAGUGACUCUACAUGUAGAGAAAAUUGUGCCUACUAUGGAUAUGCAAAAGUCCAUGGAUGUUACGGUAAUCAAUUCUGUGCACAACAACGAACAUGUGGUGGUAAACUUGUAAAUUGUGAAUAUAUUGACUCUGAUAUGUGGAUUUGUCCUUCGAAAAAGAGUUCAAGAAGAUAUGAGUACAUAGAAUAUGAAAAUGGUAAAAUAUAUGGACAAAAACAGACUUGUCAAAAAUCUCUUACUAAAGUCGACAGCUGGUGGCGUUGGCUAUUUUGGCAUUGCAGUUAUUGUUUUUGUUAUUGUGAUGAUCAUAACUCAAGCUCAGAUCGAUAUUUUAAUCUACGACCAGUUAUGGCAGAUAUUAAAAAUAAUAGAGUAAUAACAGGAAUCAAAUUAACCAAAUUAAACCAAAUAAUACAUAUUCAAAUUCAAGAAGGAGAACUGCUUCCACGUGGAGAUAUAAAUUCAACUACUGUUACAUGGAAGCCAGUAGAUGCAUAUACCGUUUAUGAUUCUAAUGUUAAAAAUGGGAUCGAUUAUCAUACUAUAGUGUGGGAAAAACGAGCGAUCGAUAUGGACGAUUUAAAAUCUCCUGAAAAUCAUCUUUUAACAGGUGUAAAACUACGUAUGAUUGGUACUCGCUUAAAUUUGGAGAUAAUGGUAACUCCAUUCAAUUUCACGACAGGCAAAUUAAUACAACCAUUACAAAAAAGUUAUUGGAUAAGUAAUGACAUUACUGACAGGACGGAAUUAAAACUCAAGAAUCCAGAUAUUCCACUUCGUUCAGAGUUACAACAUAUCUCUGAUUCAGGUGUAAAUCAGUAUCUAAACUUUGCUCCUAGUGAUCGCGAAAAAGACGCUGCACAGAGUACUAUACCAUUUUUAGACAUUCAACCGGUGGAGCCAAACCCACCAGUACCUAUAGCAGGUGCUGGGAUUUUUCAUAAGGGUAGGUCAGGCUCUGGAGGAUUUCUUGCUUUAAAAUUGAUAACGUAUAAUUUUGCUCCACAUCUACAUACUGACCUGCCACCUUCACCACCCGUUAUUGAAAAAUAUAAUGAAAUAACAGCAGUACUCAACUAAUUCGUAUUACAAUUUUUCUAAAUAAUUAAUAUUACUCUAGAGUAAUCAUAAAUGUAGUUUAAUGCCAGUGUUAUUUUUCUUUUAUAAUAUUAAUUCAUAUAAAUAGAAUUAUCUUAUCUUUCUUGUUUUAAAAAAUUUGUUUUAAAACUAUUAAUUUUGUAUGUAUACAAUUUUUUAAAAAUGUAAACAGAAUAAAUAACGGUAUAAAUAAUAAUAAUAAUAAGAAAAAAACAUUAAUAUUGUGUGUCGGUUUUAUACAUUUUUUCUUUUUUAAAAAUUUAAGUAUAAAUUGUGCAAUGUAUAAUAACUCAUGUAUAAAAUACUGUGUUAUUUAUAACACAUGUCCAUUUUGUAAAAUAGACAUAUUAUUUUUUAAUUCGAUA